UCAGCGGCGGCGCAGGGCUGCGGGCGAGGGGCGGAGCGGAGAGACCCUGUGUCUACCAUGACCGCCUCCCCCUCCUCGCAGCCUCCCUUAAAUACUAUGGGGCGGCCGUAGCUGUGGUGGGUGUUGUUGCCGAGCGCACCAUGCGGGCUGUCAUCGCCUUGGCCGCGGCGUUGGGCAGCUUGCUGCUCGGCGGCUGUCUCCUGCGGCUGGGUGGCCAGCAGCCCCUCCGCGCCAGGGGCUGGGAGCAGGACGCGGGGGUAGCUGCUGUCACGCCGAAAGUGGUGCGAGCCCUCCGGCAGCCCCUAACGCCCCUUCCGCGGACCGAGAACAGAACAGCUGUUAAUAAAAAUGGAAUUUACCAGUUCGAACAGGCUUCAAAAUGUAAGGCAAUUCAGGACAACAUUUUAUCAUCAUCUACCAAGAAGAAAAGAUAUACAGAAGACUAUUAUCUUCACAUCGUCACAAAACUGCAGAACUGCACCUGGAUAAGGAGACCAGAAGAAUCUAUGAAAUUCAGAUCAGAAUUAGCUUCCUGCUGUGAUGCAGUUCACAAUUUUAUUGCUUCUCAAAACAACAGCCCACUGGGAAGUAACAUGAGUUAUGAAGUGGACAGUAAAAAGACCAUCCUCAUUACAGAGGACAUUUUUAAGAUGCUGCCUGUGUCCUCUCCUCUUUCAGUCUAUCCCUUCAAGACCUGUGCUGUGGUUGGAAAUGGGGGCAUUCUGAAAAAUUCCAGCUGUGGAGCUGAAAUCGAUCGUUCUGACUUUGUGUUUAGGUGUAACCUCCCUCCAACCGUGGGAAGCAUUAGCAAAGAUGUUGGCAAUAAAACAAACCUUGUGACUGUUAAUCCGAGUAUCAUAGCUCAGAAGUACAACAAACUAAAUGAAAAGAAGGCUGAAUUUCUGGAGAACAUUGCAGUCUAUGGAGAUGCUUUGCUUUUAUUGCCAGCGUUUUCCUUCAGAAGCAACACAGCCACUUCUUUUAAAGUGUAUCACACUCUGCAAGAGUUCAAAGCAACCCAGAGGGCAAUAUUUUUUCACCCCAGUUACCUGAAAAGUCUUGCCCAGUUCUGGAGAACUAAGGGUGUAAAAGCCUACCGGUUGUCAUCUGGUUUUAUGAUCACUAGUGCUGCUCUUGAGCUCUGUGAGAAUGUGAAGCUCUAUGGUUUCUGGCCUUUCUCAAAAUCCAUGGAGAAGAUGCCAAUCAGCCAUCACUAUUAUGACAACCAGCUGCCUAAACCAGGUUUCCAUGCAAUGCCCAAAGAGUACAACCAGAUUCUUCAGCUUCAUGGCAAAGGCAUUUUGAAGUUGCAGUUUGGUAAAUGUGAAUCAGACUAAAAAGGUGAACUUUUGGAGUUCAUGAGAGUCCAGCAGAGAUGGUGCUGAACAACAUGGGAACUCCAUUUGCCUUCAUAUCAGCUCCUGCCCCUCUACAGUUACACUCAACAGACAUGUCUGUAUCUCCUCUGCUAAAGUAAAUGCGUACCUAUCACAGAUGGUAAAAUGCAAAGUGAGACAUCAGCAGAAUCUUAAAAUGUAAUUAAAAUAAUGAUCUUUAUUAUUUUUUAUUACAUUACCAAAUCAGUUUUGCUAUGGCCCUGCAGCUGAAGGAAGUCUUCUUUGAGCAUUGGUUUAACCUGAUAAGCCUGAAGGGCAUGUCAUUAGCUUCAAGUAAACAUACGUUCAAGGAGGGAAAAUGGCCUGAUUCAUAUUUAAAAAUAGACAGAAAAAUCUGAUUACACAAAUUGUCAGAUGAUAAAUUAAUCCAACUGGCAAAAAUCUGAUUGCCCAGAAGCCUGGUUAAAAUGCAGGUUUUGUCUGACCAAGAAUCCAUCAAGUUUUCUGUUUGCUACAAAGAGACGGCAGGGAAGAUGAGUAUGUGUUGCUUUGACAUACAACACAGUAACAUUAAGCAGCUGCUCAAAGGAGUCAGUCAACAGAGAAAAAAGCACCCAGACAUGGAAAGGAAGAAUGAAACUGAGAUUCAGUGAGCCUGGGAGAGAGAAUAGUGUUCGAUCGUCCGAGCGGAAGGACUGAAAGAGGAGAGGCUGAGCAGAGGUGUGCUGGUGGUUAAGGAGUGAGAACUGCUGAACCUUCGACCGAGUGCAAGUGUAUCUUACCUGGAAAGUAAAAAUUGGGUCUGGGCUUUUUAAUUCCAACCAGAUGAUUAAAAGACAUCUGUUUCUGACAGAGCAGCAGUGAAGCCCUCCACUCAAGCUGGAGUUAGCAUGGCAGCAUCCUGUAAAUUAGGGUGCUUCCUGCUUAAUUCCUCAGGAAUUAACAUCAAAGAGAAUCAUUUUGUUCCAGACUCUAUCAGCAUGUUAUCUUUCUUAAUCUUGAAAGUUGCUGCAAUCCAAAUAAGUCAUAAAUACUGUUAGAAAUAACCCAUUUAUAAAUAUAAUUGUUAUAAAUAACCCAUCUAUGUAGCUGUAGGAUACCAACAUCAGCUUAAGUUCUGCUGAAAUUCUUUCAUGCUUCUGGUGCCUCAGUGUAGCUAGAGAAAUAUGACCUGUCCCACAGUUAAUUUUUAAUUACCUUGAGAAAAACGAUACCACAUUUUAAAAAUAAGGACACCUCUGGCUUCCUGUCAAGCAGCCAAAUCUCAGCCUGUCCUUGACUUGGACAAAUAUUAUCCGGCAGGAAAUUAUUAGAUGUAUACAACAUUGAACGAAAGGUCUUCUGCUUUAGUGCCCAUGCAGUAUAGCUUUUAAGCAUGUCCUUUUGC